CGAAAUAUGAAGACAUAAAAUUGAGAGAAUUUGAACACCAUCAAUUGAGGCUUUGAAAAGAUGAAACUGCAGUGAAGUGGAUGAUUCUCACGAAAUCGAAAUCAAAUCCGAAUCCAAAAUGUUUCAGACGAAAUCAAACCUUGAUCAUCACGAACCAUUAGUACUAAAAUCAGCAAUAUAUUCAAGAAUUCUUCUAAUCACCCUAAUCAUCUUCUUCCGAAUCCUAGCUUCCCCUUACGACACUUCCGCAUCCCUAAACCCACCUUGCCUCACCGCCACCACCACCACCACUCCAAACGAAACUCACCGUUCACCCAUAGCUUCCUCCAUCGAAAACGGCAUCAUUUGGGACUCCGUUUACUUUAUUCGUGCCGCUGAAUGUGGCUACGAAUAUGAACAAUCCUACGCCUUUUUACCUCUUCUUCCUCUUUUCAUUUCCUUUUUCUCUCCUCAUAGAUCUCUUCUCGCUCUCUCUUCUUAUCUUAUCAAUAAUCUCGCUUUUGUUCUAGCUGCUCUUUACUUUUACAGACUUUCCAUAGCUAUCUUGAAGGAUCCUGAAAUCGCUUUACGAGCUACAAUUUUGUUCUGCUUUAAUCCUGCUUCUAUAUUUUAUUCAUCAAUAUACUCGGAGAGUUUGUAUGCUAUUCUUAGUCUUGGAGGAGUGUACUACUUUGUAUCUGGAAGAAAUAAUUUGGCUGUUCUUCUUCUGGCUCUCUCUGGUUUGGCAAGGUCUAAUGGGGUGCUUAAUGCUGGCUAUGUCUGUUUUCAGACUAUGCAUCGGGCUUAUCAUGCCCUCUUUCAAAAUAAGAAUUUUACUUUGGCUUUGCAGAUUAUUAUUGUUGGGGCUUUUCGCAGUGCAUGUAUAUUUGCUCCAUUUGUAGCCUUCCAGGCUUAUGGCUACUACAAUAUGUGUGUUGGGCGUUUUCCUGAUGAGAUUAGGCCUUGGUGCAAGGCGAGGGUGCCAUUACUUUACAAUUAUAUUCAAAGUCAUUAUUGGGGUGUAGGUUUCUUGAGAUAUUUUCAGCUGAAACAGUUGCCUAACUUCCUUCUUGCAUCUCCAAUCCUGUCUCUGGCGUUUUUCUCAAUUGUUCACUAUGCUAAGUCAAGGCCUCGGAUCUUUUUCUCGCUUGGUUUUGACACUACAAUUGAAGAAAAGAGCUGCGACGUUAUGUUUUUGUCUGAGGAUCUCUCAAGGUCCAAAGUAGCUGGCAGUGUGGAGAAAUCCUCUGUUAGAAUAGAAGAACAUUUCAAUGUUAGGAAGAGGAAGAAUGUAAUCAAAGGAGAUGUUUCCCAUGUUCCCAAAAAUUCUGAGCCAGCAGCCAGACCAGGAUACUUGUCUGCAUCUGUUCUGCCGUUUGUGUUACACUUGGGAUUCAUGGCAGGCACUGCUUUUCUUGUCAUGCAUGUACAGGUGGCAACUCGUUUCUUGUCUGCCAGCCCUCCUCUCUAUUGGUUUGCUUCAUAUAUAAUGACAUAUCCUGCAAGAUACCUUAGAUGGGGAUACCUGAUAUGGGCAUACUCUGCAGCAUAUAUUCUUCUUGGCAGUUUGCUCUUUUCAAACUUCUAUCCUUUUACAUGAUAAGUUACAGAGGUGGUUCUUGAAUAUCAUGAAGCUUGGCACGUGAAUUUAAGAUGUCUGUUGGUUUUUCGGCCAUUUGGUGGUGUUUCUAUGUGAUCGCAUUUGCCUGUUAUGUACUAGGCAGUAGUGGGGAUAAUGCCCCCUUUGUGUAGUGUAUCCUGCAGUCUGUAAUCAUCUGGCCUUAACAAAGUUCAAUUUUGUUUUCACUUUUUCUUAUUAUAUGUUUCCUGUUAACAAGCUUCUUUUAAAGUUCAACAUAUCUUCAUUUCCAAUGUAUAGUCAUACUUAUGCCCCAAA